CAGAGAGACUUUGCAGACGAGGAGCUGAAGAACGCGACAGGUGGAUCCAAAAUGGAGGAUGACUUUCGACCUCAGGUGCAGAGGGUUGCCGUGGCGAUGGGAGCCUCUCUGAGCGACCAGGAAGUGAACUGUAUCCCCCGAGAGUUCAGGAGACAAGACAGUUUUGAUUACCGCUGUUUCCUGGAGCACAUGCGUCAGUUCAGGACGGAGCAGGAGAAGGAGGCGGCCAUUAAAAAAGCCUUUACUCAACUGGACCGAGACCACAGCGGGUUUAUAGAGUGGAACGAGAUCAAAUAUAUCCUCUCGACGGUCCCGGGCUCUGCUCCGGUCGUCCCGCUCUCAGAUGAGGAGGCGGAGUCUGUGCUCAGAGCCGCCGACAAAGAUGGAGACGGAAGAAUUGACUUCAACGAGUUCUCAGAGCUGGUGACGCAGGAAAAGAAGCCAAAGAAGUGACUUUUUAAAUAAACAAUUUUACACGAUUAU